AAUAAAUUUUGUAUCAAUCUUAAAUUAAGACACCAUCAUGGACUGCGAUGAAGUACCUGUAGAUCUUGUCCGCGAAAGGUUGGUUGCCUUCGAUUUUAUGGACAAUCAUCCACAGUCUGCGAAAAGUUAUGCUACCUGGGUUCUUUCGACUAUGGACAUCUUCUGGCGUGGGCGUCUAAUCAAUGCAUAUUUGGCCAACUUGAUGAUGCCGAAACCACUCUUGAAGCCACGAGAGUGUGUGAAAACGUUGCGAGUAUUGCACGAGAUUACCACAUAUUGCACCAAAGUAGAUGUCCGACGACUGGUGAUAACAACCGAUAUAAUGGUCUAUAUGAGGGAUAUAUUAAAUACACAUAAUGUGCGUCAUAUUAUUGUACGUAGUUCCUUAACCCUACUAAGCAAUCUUAUACUUUGUGGUUGGCGGAUUCGUGAUGCUCUUGGCGAGUCUGGUUUGCUGACCCAGUUACUCAAGCUAAUGCAACAACAGAAUACUAUGGAAUCAAAGCAUAAACCUAUAAUGGGACAAGUAUUAUGGAUUUUGUAUCAUUAUUUGACGUAUAAACUUCCUGGGCCACCUGUGAGCGACUUAAAGCAAAUAGCUAAAACCUUGGCCUCGCUACUCUCAUAUCGUAAGGAUGCCGAUGUCUUAGUGACCUUACUGAAAAUGUCUCGCCUAGUCGCGGAAUAUCAUUCAGCCAUGUUUUCAGUGAUGAUACAAACGGAGCUUUUCGAACGUGCAACCCGAUUUUUACUCAGCCCACUUCCCGAAAUUCAACGUGAAGCCUUGUUCGUUGUCGCGAAUACGUGUCAAAUGCAUCGCAAACAAAAAUAUAUAAAUUUAUAUCGCUUUCGCCGUUGUAUACUUAAUCCUUUUCACAUUUUAAUACUUGGUGCUACGAUGAAUAUUCGCAUAUUGGCACUGCAUACACUUGGCGGCAUUAUCGAUCAUCGUUGCGUACGACCUCAUCAAAUACUGGGCAUGACCAAGAAGAUUAUGUUGUGCACCAAAGACAAGGAUCCAGCAGUUCGUCUAGCCGCCAGCUGGACAUUCAUCAGUCUAGCCAGUCAUUUGGAGAGUCAAUAUUUUCCACAUUUUUUAAAACUGGGUGGACUCAAUGCCAUGUGUGAGCUACUCCAUCAAAAACUACCAGUUCAAGUAACGCGCAACUUGCUCUCCGUAAUUGUACUCGUUUUGGAGAGUUAUCGCCAUUUGAAGGCAUCUUUAAAAAUCAUCAUAAGAGAAACCAAGAUCAGGCCCAUUUUGAACGAGUUGCAAGCAAGUCCCAACGUUUCGAUAAGUACACUAGCCACAUUAUUGGACGAUCGUUUUAUGCAGCAAUUAUGUUGGGUUGAUGUAUUGGUUCAAAUGGGCUUGUAAAAAAAAUGUUCAAACUUUUCAUAAAUUUUCAU